GCAAUCAUUCACUCACCGUCAUGUAAUUUUAAACCCUUAGACUUGCUUUUAUCAUGGGAACACAUGAUUUUUAAAAAAUAUAUAUAUUCUCCCAAAGCUUUCACAAAUUGUACUCUACUACAUGUUUGACACAAGAACUAUUGAUGUUUGUUCUUGUGCAUCAAACAAGUACAUCUGAGCUUCUAUAUCUGCUAUAUAUAUAUUUGAUACGAUCUAUGUGGUCUAAAGUUUCUCUUCAUAAGACUUGGGUUAAACAUCAUAUAGAUAACUUUCAUGAUCUCUUUUCGAUGCUUUAAAAAAAUUUUGUAAUGGGCUUUCCUUAGAGGGGCAGAAAUAUCUCAGCUUUCAUUAAAAGUAACUUAAUUUGUUUUGUGGAGUGAGUAAAUUAUAACAUUGUUGGAUGAACUAACCCUUUAAAUAUGUAUACACAUUUUUUUUCAGACAAAAUAUUUUUGGAUGUCAUCCAUUCAACAAUGGUGUUGACAGUAAAUGUGAACUACACCUGUGGUUCUCUAAUAGGACCUGUGUGAACUUCAGGAGAGCUGACUUCUUCCAGUAAAAAUCACACUGAAACUACCUGGUUAAAUUCAAAAGUGAAGUUAAUUGUAAGAAAGCUAUUUGGUUUGAUUAUUUGUUAUCUAUGUAAUUAAAUUUAUAAAUUUCUAUUAGUAUGACUUACAAAGUGUAGCUUAACUGUCUACUUAGGGCCGGUGUAUGUGCACCCGGAUGAAUGGUUUCUAUAUCCCAGAUUACCUCUCUGUUGGUUGUGGAGCUAUUGUGAGGAAAGGACAGUUUGGGAAAGCUUUAUGGUUCCCUUGGUCCAAGUUGUUUCUCUUGCACAUGAGCAGCUCAUUGAUGAUGGUGCAGAUGUUGUGUAAUGAGGGUCAUUGGGAGUGAGAACAAGAAUGGACUGGCUGGGCGUCUUAUUAUGCAGAACCAUUGGAGUUAAGAGGUCGAUGGGGGUGCGAAUGGCUGCUUAAGGGUCCCAAACAAAACCAGGGGAGGAGAGUUAAAAGAAGCCAAAAUUAAAAAACUGAGCUUAUAGGCAGAGCAAGGGAAUUUACCUUAUCAUUCGUAGCGUGGAGAGCCCGAGACAAGCAUGUCCGAAACGGAAUAUAUGUGGAUAACGUUAAUUGAAAUGGCCAACGUUACGCGCGCGCUAGCUUCUCUGCUGUUCUUUCUCGCUUUCAUGACUAUUGCUAUAGGAGUACAUUGCCGAUCGCUUCGUACACAACUUCGCAAGGUGACUUCUUUUCAAGGAGAGCGUAAAAUUCGUACUGGACACGUCCAGAGACGAGGCCGUCGCGAACCAGGACCCGAGCCCGACCAGUGCACCCUCCUGAGCGCCCCGUGGACGGAGAGCACCACUCCGCUUGGUGACUGGGGUCAGAUGUACCGUCUAAUGAUAUUAUCGACGAUGAGUGAUGGUCCACGACGUGCUGUUUUCCCAGAACAACCGCUCUUCAGAUUCGUUAGACGGGUUUAUCGCUGUUGUAAAGUGGGCUACCACUGUGGAAGUGUCAAGGGAAUACAAGGCGGAAAAGUUGGGGAUUACAACAUUGAGUUUCUUCUUGGUGAGGAUGUGCUGUCAGCCACGUUGGUGAAAGCAGAAGUUCAUUUUCACUUUUCAAACCCCCAACACCUCACCAUCCAACCCCUGCUGCCCUCGCUGGAGAAACGAGGGUUCCCUACUAGGUACAGUGUCUGGUUGAGAGAUGGCGUCGUGGAGCUAAGAGUAGAUCUGCUUGUCCUCUUCCAGGCCCUGCAGCUGGUCAUCGGAGGAGCCAUUAAAGGUCCAAGCCUGAUGGAAAUGCAUCGGGUGAGAGACUUGAUCAGACCAGGGUUCGUUGUCCAAAAGCAAAGACCCCCAUCUCCUCAAGACACAGUGUCUGUAGUGUGGGGGGAGGAGAAUGAGGGAAGGGAGGGUGCAGCCCCCCUGCAGCCCGCUUUAGAGCUGGGACUUGCAUUACGCUGCAGUCUAUUGGAUAAUAUCGCACUGCCCUGUCAAGAUUAUUGUGUACAUCUAGAACAUGCACCCUUCAUCGCUCUGACAUACACAUAGUGAGACACGUGCAGCUGUAUUGAACAGUGUUUUAGAUGUGGAAACUGCUUCUGUGUCCAGCCAAACACUGUCAAUGACCAGCAUCCCCAUCACAAGUUCUUUGUGGCAAUAAAAUCACCAUCCAUACAGUGCACUAACACCUGGUGUGAAUGUUCCCUGGAUGGUUCGCUAUUUUUUAAGAAUUGCUAAUGAUUCUCAUUGUUCUGUGACAAUGGUGCUUCAGUUGAAGCUUACUGUAAUUCAGAGUGGCCGAUGUUAUAUGGAACACUAUGCACUUGAUUAUGUAAAUUGAACGUAUUAACUUAAGGGUAUUAUGUGUCAGAAAAAUGUAAAUAGUGUAUAAUUACAGUUUUAUAUAUUUUUUUUUUUUUGCAUUGUAUAUGCAAAAAAUGUUUGUUUCUAUGUUUCUGUGGCCAGUGUAUUGUUUCCUCUCAAUUGUUUGAGACAUUUUGUCUCAGUAAGGUGUUUUAAAUAAAUUAAUUAUAAAUAUGCCUUACAUACUUAAUGAUUGAGAACUUAAGAGAAAAAUCAUACGAUCUGUUUCAGAUCGUAAUUUUGAUUAGUCUGUUGAGCAUCCAAUGCAAGUACUCCAAUAUAAUGCAAUUAACACAUUUUACCAAAUCGUUUUUGCACCUGUUAGGAAUGUCACAACAUUUUGUAGUCAUCAAUGA